CCAAUAGCUGUAAACUUAUAACGCGUCACGUGUAUAUUGCGUCUCUGCAAAAAUUGUUGGACCGAUUCUGCAUAUAGCAACUGGAAUCAGUGCUCCAUGGGCCGCUUAGAUGGGAAAGUGAUUGUGUUGUCAGCCGCUGCACAGGGGAUUGGACGUGCUGCUGCAAUAGCCUUUGCAAAGGAGGGGGCUCAAGUCACUGCAACUGAUAUAAAUGAGGAAAAGCUCAAGGAACUGGAUGGUAUUCAAGGGAUUAGGACCAAGGUGGUGGAUGUGACCAAGAAGGACCAAGUGGAGGCCUUGGCCAAGGAACAUGACCACAUAGAUGUCCUCUUCAAUGUUGCAGGGUUUGUGCACCAUGGCUCCAUCUUGGAUUGUGAAGAGGCCAACUGGGAUUUUACCAUGGAUGUGAAUGUCCGGAGCAUGUACCUUAUGUGCAGAGCUUUCUUGCCAAAGAUGUUGGCAAGAAAGUCUGGAAACAUCAUAAACAUGGCUUCCGUUGCAUCAAGCAUAAAAGGUGUGGUGAACCGGUGUGCGUACAGCACGUCUAAGGCGGCCGUGAUUGGCCUCACCAAAUCCAUAGCCGCCGAUUUCAUUGAGCAAGGCAUUCGCUGCAAUUGUGUUUGUCCUGGUACUGUUGACACUCCAUCACUGAGGGGUAGAAUCCAAGCUCAACCUGACCCAGAAAAGGCUUAUAAGGAUUUCAUGGCAAGGCAGAAAACGGGCAGGAUGUGCACAGCCGAAGAGGUGGCAUACCUGUGUGUCUACCUGGCCUCAGAUGAGUCGGCUUAUGUGACUGGCACAGAGCAAAUCAUCGAUGGAGGUUGGAGGCUUUGAAGAGCAUGAAGCAAACUUGUCCCAUGAAUCAUAGGUGCUACUUUAAGAUUGGCCGAUUCACUAUGUUAACACUUUUUGAUUAUAUUGAUGUCUUCUGAGAUUUUUUUUUUUUUGUAGCUGUGCCUUGUCCAAUUACGGCUUAAUAAACCUAAUUACUCACAGCUACUAUACACUAUCAGUAUAAUAAACACUCACGGGUCUGUUUUUGCAGGGAGGGCAUGUGUGCUUGGUGUAAAAACUGACACAUCUUGAUUUCUGUGCUGGGGUAAGUCUUGGUUAUCGGGUGUGAGAAUUUGGCAGAUUGUGCUAUGCCAUGCUGAGUCUUCUGGCAGACCGAGGGUCACUGUGCUGGGGCGUGUCUGAAAGUAGACCAGACCACAGACCAGCUCAGAGAAAGUCCAAGUUGUGGCGCAGGUGAUGCAAUGUGAUUUUGGUGGAUUUAAUUGCCUGUGCCUCUCUUGCAUUGAAUUUAAAAGGGAUAACGCGAGCCGCUUCCAUUGGUCAGGAAACAAGUCACCUGUGUUCACUCUCACAAUGGUGCAAACUCUCAUUUCUACCUUCGCUCGUCCAUAAAAAUAUCGAAAAAAAGAAAACAAACUCCACCCAUGCAGUAAGAAUGUGCUUUGGGCUACACUUGUUCUGGGUACGAAAAUAGAGACCAAUGUGAACAAUUUUGAUUGUGUCCAAGUGAUUAAUAUUGUAAUACAGUAUAAUAAACUUUACAU